CAAGCUUUAAGAUUGCUGUCAGAGCAGGCGCAGUCAGCCGCAAUGACAGUCACUGCCGCUCUCAAGCCGUGACAGGGAGUUGCACUGUGUGGGCUUUCUCACACAUCUCUCUUCUUCUUCACCGUCUUACACAAACAUCUACACGACAAGAAGCUCAAAGGUCACAAGACGCGCAAGACGUUAACGAGAACGCCUCUUUCAUAACCGUACCGAUCGGCUAUUUCCACUGCUUCUUUCCAAAACAACAAUAAAGAGCGACCUUCUUCAAGUACAUCCUUAUAAUCAACAAUCGCCUCCUUAGUUCCUCUCCUCACAUCAUCGACCGUCCAACCUCCACACCCUUUCAGCCCACGACCCACACCAUGUCCUCCCAAUCACACGACCUUCAGCCACCGAUUAGAAGGCCGAGUUCCGCCGAGGAACUCAAAGUCACCGAGACAACAAGCAACACAGAAUACACACCCGUCAAGCCAGAGUCAGCUGCCAGGGAGGGGGAGGCCGCUGCGGUUGUCGUUGACGACACGGAGGCAGCACAUGAUCCAAUCCAAGAGCCGACAGGACCGGUGAACGAUGUUGUGGUAGGUUCGAUUCCUUCGGCGAAAGGCCUCACACUCACAGCUCAUAAAAGAAGACGACUUGCACUCCAGACGAGUCUUCACUCGCUCGAAGCACGCCCGCCAAUCCCACUCCAGCCGCCGAACCUUCGCAUCAAUUGGCUCCUCCAGCAGAACCCAUCCGUCGACCUUCCCAGAACUCGUCCCAGAACUCCUCCGAGAAGAGGUUAAGGCUCGAUUUUAGCAACUCGAUGCAAAACUUGAAGAAGCGCAAGGGGAGUGAGGUCAAGACCAGAGGACGCGCUAAUUCUCUGAAUGAGAAAGAGAGCAUUCCUCCAGUACCUACUCUUCGCGGUCGUCCCGUCGUUGCUACAGCAGAGAAGCCGAAAUCCUUCGGUUUCGCUGCAUUCUUCCGCAAGCUCACCGGUCAGUCUUCUGAGAAGGAGCGAUCUGAGAAGAAGAGCAAAGCCGAGAAGAGGAAGACUCUGUUCGCGUCGGCUCCCAAGGCUGUACAAACUGAGGACAGGGUGGCGCCCCAGGAGAUCAAGGAGGCUCAGAAAGAGACAAAGGAGAUCGUCCCUGAAGAGAAAGUGGUGGAAGACAGCAAGAUUCCAAUCUCAGCUGUUCAGCCGGCCGCACAAGGGCCAGUCGAUCCCUGCCAGAUCGCACUUCCGCCCUCACUCCUCGUGGCUCCUAUCAUUCUUGAGCCAGUCAUCGCACCGGCUGCCGACCAGAAGGAGACCACCAUCGAUCCCCAAGCUCAGGCCAUGCUCUCGCUUGAAGGCUUCUUCAUCGACACCAAUGCUCCCUCUGCUAGGUCGUCAAGCUCUGCUGCUCACGUGUCCCCUCGGCAGACCACUGAAAGAGCGCCAGAGGGCCAAAUGCCUUCCCCUAUCCGCAUCCCCUCGGUGCCCAACUUUCGAGAGAAGACGCCGCUCUCCGCGUCGUCUGUUGAAUCUACAGUCGACGAAGACCGCUUGAUCACUCCCGUCGAGUCGCGUAGCAGCGCUCAUGAAUCAUCAUUGGAAAGGGCGGGUGUCUUUGCCGGAAGAGCGGGCGAGACCAAGCUGCAGCCGAGGAGGAGUCACAGCCCACCUAAAACAACUGAUCUGAGCGAAAUGGGCAUGGGUGGAGGCCCGGGUCCUUCUGGGUUGGCAUCUUCGAAGAACAAGAGCUGGCGGAGGUCUAUGAUUAAUCUCUCGAGCCCGCUUAACCGUCGCGAAUCUCACAAGCUCCCACCUACAUCCCACGAUGCUUACAUCGCUCAGCAACAGCGCAUCAAGCUCAACAGGGUUUCUUGUCAGCCCGUGAUCUACAGGACGGGGGCCGAAGCUGUCAGGGGCAAGAUGGAAACUAUGGGCAUGAGGGAGGAAGACGAGGAGGUUGCCGAGACAUUCUUCAUGUCAUGAUAACGCAUUCUCGGGCUCGUGGGUGAUAGAUGGUGUAUACUCAUAGUUUUGGGCUUCUUUGUCAGUCUCUGUGUUUGUUGUUAGGGGGCGUUCGAAAACGCCAUAGUCAGUCUAUUCUCUCUCUCUUCCUCUUAUAUUUGUCUUGGGUGACUUGAUUGUCAAAGCUCGACUAGUUGGUGGUCUGGCGCAUGUAUAUACAGUAUGCAA